AUGCCUCUUUUGGAAGCCCGAGUCAAGAGCGUCUUGUCAGGGGACACAGUGGUGCUCACCCACGUCUCGAAUCCAGCCCAGGAACGCAUCUUGAGCCUGGCUUAUGUCUCUGCUCCGAGGCUGAAGCGAGAAGGGGACGAGCCGUUUGCGUUCCAAUCUCGGGAAUUCUUGCGUGAGCUCCUCGUAGGCAAGGUAGUACAGUUCCAGGUUCUGUAUGCCAUCCCCACGGGCGCCAAAAGGGAGUACGGAAUCGUGAAGGUUCCCGGUGCCAAUGGCAAGGAGUUACCAGAGCUCUGUGUCUCCGAAGGCUGGGCCAAGGUUCGAGAAGAUGCUGGCAGAAGAGACGAGAGCGAGGAUGCAGCGGUGUUGCUGAACAGCCUGAGGGAGCUCGAGUCUCGUGCCAAGUCGGAGUCCAAGGGUGUCUGGGCGGGAGACGACAAGAUUGACAUGGCAUAUGAGGUGAAAGAUCCACAGGAGCUGCUUGAGAGCUUGAAGGGGACGCCAAUUGAUUCCGUGGUGGAAAAGAUCCUGAGCGGUGACAGGUUCCUGAUUCGGCUCCUCAUCUCUCCCAAGAAGCAUGUGCAGACACUGGUGGUUGCAGCUGGCAUUCGUGCUCCAGCUACCAAGCGGGUGAACCCGUCUGAUGGAUCAGAGCAACCGGGCGAGCCAUAUGGUGACCAGGCGCAGAUGUUUGUUGAAAUGAGACUUUUGCAGAGAAAGGUCAAGGUCACAUUACUCGGACUGACACCCCAGAACCAGCUCGUGGGUACCGUUCUACACCCUGUUGGAAAUAUUGCCAAGUUCCUUCUGGAGGCUGGCCUCGCAAGAUGUGCGGACCAUCAUUCUACGCUGCUGGGAGCUGAUAUGGCUAUCCUUAGACAGGCAGAGAAGUCCGCUAAGGAUGCUCGCAAGGGGCUAUUUACUAGCCACGUUGCUCCCAAAGCUGCGACUGCGGCUGCAGAUACUGAUCUAGUGGUUAGCAGGAUACUGAAUGCGGAUACUAUAUUCCUGAGAAACAAGGCCGGGGUUGAGAAGAAGAUAAGUCUGAGCAGUAUUAGACAGCCAAAGCCAUCAGACCCCAAGCAGGCGCCAUUUGGAGCAGAUGCCAAAGAGUUUCUCCGGAAGAAGCUGAUUGGCAAGCACGUCAAAGUCACCAUCAACGGGAAGAAGCCUGCUUCUGAAGGAUUUGAGGAACGAGAGGUUGGUACUGUUUUGGUAGGCAAUGCCAAUGUGGCCGUCAGUCUCGUAGAGGCCGGUUAUGCGUCCGUCAUCCGUCACCGUAGGGACGACGAUGACCGAUCCCCCGACUAUGAUGCUCUCCUGCUCGCCGAAGAGAAGGCACAGAAGGAGGAGAAAGGCAUGUGGUCUCCCAAGCCUCCCAAGGUCAAGCAGUUCCAGGAUUACUCAGAGAGCGUCCAGAAGGCCAAGAUGGAAUGCUCUGUCCUUCAGAGACAAAAGAAGGUCUCUGGCGUGGUAGACUUUGUCAAGUCUGGAUCGCGUUUCACUGUCCUGAUACCCCGAGACAAUGCUAAACUCACCUUUGUCCUUUCUGGAAUCCGGGCGCCGAAGUCUGCAAGGAACGCUAAUGAGAAGUCCGAGCCCUUCGGGCAGGAGGCCCACGACUUUGCUAACCGUAGAUGCAUGCAGAGAGACGUCGAGAUUGAUGUUGAGACUAUUGACAAGGUUGGUGGCUUUAUCGGAACCCUCUACGUCAACAGGGAGAACUUUGCCAAAUUGCUAGUGGAGGAAGGUCUUGCAACAGUCCACGCCUACUCCGCUGAGCAGUCUGGCCAUGGAAUGGAACUAUUUGCAGCCGAGAAGAAGGCCAAGGAGGCCAGAAAGGGUCUCUGGCGCGACUGGGAUCCCAGCCAGGAUGCAGAGGAUGAUGAAGGCGCUCCAGCACCCGCUGGUGGUGCCGCUGGAACUAGCACAGAGGCACCCGCACGAGGAAGAGAUUACCGUGACGUGAUGCUCACACACGUUGAUGAGGAUGGCAAGUUGAAACUACAGCAGAUCGGAGCCGGCACCACCGGUCUCACAGAGCUGAUGGACUCUUUCCGAGCGUUCCACAUUAACAAGGCCAACGACAAGCCCCUUGAUGGCCCACCCAAGGCUGGAGAGCUGGUUGCCGCUCGAUUCUCGGAGGAUAACGAGUGGUACCGCGCUAAGGUCCGACGCAACGACCGAGAAGCUAAGGCGUCCGAUGUCGUGUAUAUUGACUACGGCAACUCGGAGAGGGUCCCAUGGUCAAGACUACGGCCGCUUGCUCCCCAGUUCUCCCAGCAGAAGCUGAAGCCACAGGCUGUUGAUGCUGCUAUGUCUUUCCUGCAGUUCCCUACCUCCCCGGAGUACCUCAAGGACGCCAUACACUUCCUGGCCAGCCAGACGGUCGACCGGGAGCUGGUAGCCAACGUCGACCACACCGCCGAUGGUGUCCUAUACGUCACUCUGUUGGAUGCCUCUGCCUCUCAGAACCUGGAGCAGAGCAUCAACGCCGAGGUGGUGCGUGAGGGUCUGGCGAUGGUCCCUCGCAAGCUGAAGCCGUGGGAGCGUGCAUGCAGCGAUACGCUGGCCAACCUUCGCAAGCUGGAGGACGAAGCAAAGCAGGAGAGAAGAGGAAUGUGGGAAUACGGUGACAUCACUGAGGAUUAA